AUGUCAUCUUUGCAAAGAGAGUUGUUUAAAGGAAAGGGUGGUUUGGGUGACGCUGUUGAAAAUAAUGGUAGUAGUUCAGAAGUUUUAGAGCUAAUAGACGACGAAGAGGAAGAGGAAAAAGAUACCUUUGAAAGUUUUCCCACAAAUGUAAUCCUUAUUCACGUAUUUAAAACAUAUGAGAUACGUGGAACUUUGGAAAAUUGUCCACUUUUCGUUUUUCAUCAUGGGGCUGGAUAUUCCGCAUUAUCAUUUGCUUUAACAUGUUCUUACAUCAAGCAAUUGAUGAAUGGUAGUUAUACUAUGUUUGUGUACGACUGUAGAGGGCAUGGGGAUACCAAGACGUCAGAAGAUUAUAAUCUAUCAUUGGAUAGGUUAAGUAAGGAUCUAGUAAAUGUGUUGAAAGCUGCAUAUGGAGAAGACGUUAUAACGAGUCGAGAUAUAUUCUUGGUGGGACAUAGUAUGGGAGGAUGUGUUGUUGCAAAUGCGGCUUCAGAAAACUUAAUUCCAUCUAUGACUUGUAUCGCCGUAAUAGAUGUCGUUGAGGGGUCAGCUUUGGAAGCGGUUUCAGGAAUGUUGGAUUUUUUGAGAACUAGGCCAACAGAAUUUAGAUCAAUUGAACAUGCAAUUGAAUGGAGUGUAAAGAGUUCUACCAUACAUAAUGCAGAAUCUUCUAAAAUAUCUAUACCAAGUUUAUUAAGAGAACAAGAAUCAAAACAAACUGAUGCCGUUAAGUACGUUUGGAAAACUGAUUUAGCCGCGUCUCAACCAUAUUGGAAAGGAUGGUUUCUUGGUCUAUCGGACAAAUUCUUAUCAGCCAAAGCAGCGAAAUUACUUAUCCUUGCGGGAACUGAUAGACUAGAUAAAAAAUUAACCAUUGCUCAAAUGCAAGGUAAGUAUCAGCUUCUUGUACUGCCCGAUGUGGGCCACAUGGUACAAGAAGAUGCUCCUGAUAGAACCGCUAAUGCCUUAGUGGAAUUUUGGAAAAGGAAUGAAAAGUUAGUCUUACCUGUAAAGAAAGUCACAUCUUAA